AUGGCUCAAUUGCUAAACAAAAAAGAUAGAACAACUGAAAAGCCAACCAGUUUCAAUUCUAUAGAAGAUGAAAAAGAAAACAUACAGCCUAUACUUCAAGGGAGAUCUGUCGCUGCUCUAUCAAACACUUUCAAAAGAGCUAAAAACUACGACCAAUUUCAUUCUUCAAUAAUCAACGAUAAGUUGAAGUUCGAGAAUAAUUUAUCCAACGCAGAUCUACUAGAUGAUCCAAUUCAGCCUUAUCUUGAUUACUUGGACUGGUUUCAACAAACUUUUCCACAAGGCCCAACUCUAAAUAAUGGUUACAUUGACUUCUUGGAAAAAUCAAUUCGCAAAUUUCAAUCAAAUUCAACUUAUAAAUUUUACCAUAAUGAUCCAAGAUAUUUGAAAUUUUGGUUAAUUUAUUUGAAAUACACUGAUAAUCCCUUCCUUGUCUUUAAAUUUUUAUACAAAAAUAAAAUCGCUUUAAAUCUAUCUCUAUAUUAUGAGUUUUUUGCCAACUACUUGGAAUCAACACACUCCUAUUUAAACUCUUUGAAAAUUUACUUGAAAGGAAUUCAAAAUAAUGCAAGACCCAUAAAGAGACUAAUAUCAAACUACUACCAAUUUCUCUCAAGAAAUAGAUUCAUACUAAACACCAAUUUAAACAUCUCUUUUCAAUCCCAUGAUAUCUCAAAUAUUGAUAUCGAUAACGAUAUUAAAAUAAUUAAUCUACCUGAAACUCAACCUCCAUCUACAAAUAUUGGCUUAUAUGAUCACAAUUCAACAACUGAUCAAAUCGGAAUUCUACCUUCUAUUAACCCAACCAUAAACAAAAAUAAAAAAAAAAUAUCAAUCUUCACAGAACUAUCCUCUAAUGAAGAAAAUAAUAACAAUAAUAGUCACAAUAAUACUAAUAAUAACUCUUUUUUAGAUUCUUUAUCAAAAAAUUUAACAAAUUGGAACGACAUUGGCACAAUCGCUCAAAAUCGAAAAGAAAAUUACAUAUCUCCAACUUCAUGGGAUGCUCUAAAAAGACCAUUUGACCAAAUUUCUAACGAUAAACUGGAUUCAAAUCCAUUAAAUAAAACAAAUGAAGAAACCGUUUCAAGUACCCCAAAAAAAUUAAAAAUUUCCAAUAAUUAUCAUAAACCUCAAGUACAUACUGAAUUAAUUGGAUAUAAUGAUGAGGUUCAAAUAGAUAAAUCUACUUUAAAAAAUAAAAAACAUCAAUCAUCUGGAAUCAUUAAAAAACCACAAUCUCCAACACAAACAAUCUUCACCAAAAAAGCAUCUGAAGAAGUACUAUUUAUGUUUAAUCAAAAGUUUGAAAAUAAUUUUAAAACUCAAGAAAAAAACCCUAAAGUUGAUAUAAAAUUUGAUGAAAAUGAAUUGGGUAUUCAUAUAACAACUACAACCAAACAGCCUCUUAAAUCAAUCACUGAUGACAAAACCUCUAGUAUAUUUGAUGACAAACUAAACAGUUCUCCAUUUAUAACAAAUCCAUUAAAUUUUAGCUCCAAAGAAAAAAUUGAGUAUUUGAAAAUCGAAAUAAUUGAUCCCUUUAACGAGAAAUUCAAACAAGAAAUUAUUAAUAAUAAUAUUUUACCUUUGUUAAAUUCAUACAAAAAUUUUUAUAGAUAUUCUAAAGAUGAAUCAGUAAAUAUGUCAGAAAAUUUUGAAAAGGCGUUUGCAAAUGCUAAUAUUUCAAAUAUUAAAAAAUCGGUUCCAUUGGCAAAAAGUGAUGAAAUCUUUUGCAUUCGAAGAAAAAUUGGAGAAGGUGGAUAUGCCAAAGUUUAUUUAUCAGAAACAUCUAAGGGUGAAUUUCGGGCUAUAAAAUUAGAAAAGCCAGCGAAUAUGUGGGAAUAUUAUAUUUUAAAUCAAAUUAAAGAGAGGUUUUUGAAAAUAUCGAAUGAUAAAAACUUGUGUGUUUCAAACUCUGUAAUUAAUGUUGAUUCAUUGCAUUAUUUUGAAGACGAGUCUUAUCUUAUUUUGGAUUAUUGUAAUCAAGGCACAAUUCUUGAUAUAAUUAAUUUUUUUAAAGAAAAAUCUAAAAUGAAUAAUAAUCAAAGUGUGAAUGUUGGGAUAAGUGAAAAACUAUGUAUAUUUUUUACAAUCCAUCUUUUAAGAAUUGUUGAGAAUUUACAUGAGAUUGGAAUAAUUCAUGGAGAUUUGAAAUCUGAUAAUUGUUUACUAAAUUUUGAAAAAUUAGAAAACAAUGAAUUAAAGAAUUGGAAUCCCAAGUUUGAUAGAAAUGGAGAAGAUAACUGGAAAUUCAAAGGAAUUAAAUUAAUUGAUUUUGGUAGAGCAAUUGAUGUUGAAUUAUAUAAAGAAAAAAAAAGUGGAAGCAAAAAAAUAAGAUUUAAGACCAGCAACAAGAGAUUUGAUAACUUAGGUGGUCAAGAUUGCCCACAAUUAAGAGAAGAUGAAGUGUGGUCAUAUGAAAUUGACUAUUUUGGGUUGGCAAGUAUAAUUUAUUCAAUGUUAUUUGGAGAGUAUAUCAAGAUUGAAAGGAUUGAUAAUAAUGGAAUAAACCGAUACAAAUUGGCUAGUAAAUUUAAACGAUAUUGGAAAACUGAGUUGUGGGAACCAUUGUUUGAUUUUUUAUUAAAUUGCUAUGACGAGAAAGCUGAUGAUUGCACAUUACCUAAAACAGGCAAGCUAAAGAAGUUUAGAGAAAUGUUUGAAGAUUGGUUGGAGAUCAACUAUAAUGAUGGCGAGGUUUUAAAAAAUAUUAUAUGGGAUAUUGAAACAACAUUAAGUGAACAGAAUUUCAAGAAAAAGUAUAGCUAG